AUGUCGGAGGCCGCUCUCUCAUACCAUGAACCAGGCAUCAUCCUCAUUCUGGUUCAAUCGUCAUUCCUCAUCGUAUUGAAUGUCGCAGGAGCAACGGUCGAUUAUUAUCUGUACUGUGGUCUGAUUGCUCAGGUUCUCCUUGGCAUGGGAUGGGGAGCACCUGGGGCGGCAUUGCUCUCAAAUGACUUCCAAGAAGUCGCUACCCAACUUGGCUACCUUGGCUUAAUUGCCAUCAUCUUUGAAGGCGGGCUCUCUACGUCUGUAAAGGCUGUCCAACAAAACCUAAUACUAUCAAUAUGCGUCGCUCUGACCGGGAUUCUCCUCCCCGUCGGGUUUUCGUACUCGCUAUGCGCCCUUGCGUCCGCAUCCAAUCUUCAGGCUUUUGCGGCAGGGGCUGCUCUGUGCUCCACAAGUCUAGGGACCACCUUCAACCUCUUGAAGACUACUGAUAUGACCUCGACUCGCUUGGGUGUUGUCUUAACAUCGGCCGCCAUGCUAGACGAUGUGGUUGGACUAAUUAUGGUGCAGGUUAUCUCUAACUUAGGUUCGGGCCCUAAUUCUUUUAAGGCCAUCUCAGUUGUGCGUCCAGUUUUCGUGUCAUUUGGCUUUGCAGUAGUCUUGAUCCUUAUUUGCAAGUACGCCUGCAAACCGAUCAUGAAUCAUAUAUCGAUGCCGCAAAUGGCGAGAAGCCUGCUAGCAAAGCCUGUGGCUUAUUUUCUGGGGUGUACAGUGUUUCUUCUGGCCCUCAUUACUUCUGCAAGCUAUGCAGGCACCUCUGUUCUCUUUGCUGCAUACCUCGCCGGUGCCAGUAUCUCUUGGCUUGACGCAAACCAGACCCGAUCAAAAAAUCAUCCCGGAGAAAAUCUAAACGUUCGUCAACAACCUCCAGACAAUCCCACUGCUGCUUUUAAGAAGGGGAAACUAGUCCCAGACGUAAACAAGCAGGGGCGAUCCGAAAGAGAAGAAGAUGUUGAUGAAGUGAAAGAAGUCUCGAACGAACAGUUACCCAGCGCUGAUUUCCAGCAACCACCGGCUAGACAAGAGCCCACUCCGCCUCCUGAGGGCGCGGAGCCAGAGACUACGACGAACCCAGGUAUUCUUCCAGGUUCUGUAGAGUUGCAUUCCUUGAAAAGGGGCCAAGUCGAGAACAGCAGCCGUAGUCUGCGUAUGUAUAAUGACUACUAUGCCCCUUCCGUCGAACGCCUUCUAAAACCUUUCUUCUUUGCAUCAAUUGGCUUCUCAAUACCAAUAACAAAGAUGUGUCGCGGCCCAGUCCUUUGGCGGGGUGUUACAUAUGCCAUUAUUAUGGCGUUCGGUAAACUUUCCUGUGGUCUAUGGCUUCUUCGCCUAUCAAAGCUGUCGAACAAUCCCAGUGGCACCACGGAGAAGAAACGAACAGCAGUCUCUGUCAUGAGGCCAAUAUCAAUGUAUCCUGCAUCUAUUCUGGGGUCUGCAAUGAUCGCACGGGGUGAAAUUGGCUUCUUAAUCUCCGCGCUCGCGGCGACUAAUGGCAUCUUCAACGGCGAAAACAAAGAUGCAGAUGCCCCAGCCAACGAAUCCGAAAUAUUUCUAGUUGUAACUUGGGGCAUUCUGCUUUGCACAGUAGCUGGCCCCCUUGCUUUAGGCCUUCUUAUGAGACGUGUGCGACGACUUCAACAAAAAGGACCUGGCCCAGAUGGAGGAAAAGAAGACCCUCUUGGAAUUUGGGCUGUUGACUAG